AUGUCGGACGAGCGGAGUCCAGAGGAAUUGCUGCAGUCGGCUCUGUCGUCAGCAUUUACACCCGUGUCACUCGCCCCAGAACCUCCAUCUUCAAGUCCAAAACCCGACUCUGCUGCUGAAAUUACAGCUACAGCUGCAGCAGAAGCGGCAGCAACGUCUGCAAUCGCACCCCUCGUCUCACAAGAAGACCUCGCGAAGUACGAGGAAGAACGCGCAGCACUCGAAAACAGCUGGCGCGAGCAAUCGGCAGUUCAACGUAAAGAAGCGGAAGAACGAAGGGCGCGAAUUGCUACUGAGCGUGCUGCAUCGGGUGAGAGUUGGGAGAAGCUUGAUGAGGGAAAGCCUUUGCGUGGUCCACCAAAUCAGAUGUCAGGUUCAAGUGCUGCUGCUGCUGCUGCUGCCGUGAGUGGGAGUGGGUACCCUGGCUCCCCGAGUCCUGCGGAUGCCAGGGGUGUUGUGUCGGGUGAACCGUCCGGUUCAAGGCAUAUUGAGGUAUCUGCACAAGUAUCACCACGCACAACUGCAACGUUGGAACACAGCCAGCGCUGGGAAGAAAUAGAAGACGUCCCGUCCAUGGAAUCAUCCUACCCAUCUCUCUCCUUCCCCGAACACUCCGACAGCGCACCCUCAGACAACACAGGCUCAAAGUCCAAAUCGGCAGAAAAACCCACUCCUGUUGCGCUCCCGUCUACAACUUUAUCCGUAUUUGACAGUCGUCUGUCCACUCGCUCACGUGUGAUCGCACUCCUCUCAUCACUUUCGAUCAAUCUUUUCUUGCCGUUUGUGAAUGGAGUCAUGCUUGGAUUUGGUGAAAUCUUCGCCCGAAAUAUGGCGUUUCGUUUCUUCGGGUGGGGGAUACCUGGUGGUGCAGCUACUGCUGUUGGUGUAAACGCUACGCGUAGACGAAGCUAG